CAGACGCGUCUGGCUCUGCCUCUCUGUGCCGAGCGCUGGCGAUCGGAGUCACCCGGCCUUGUUCUGAGGCUGGGCACCAAGCUCCUGUCGCUGGCUACACUGAGAGUGCUCCCAAAUUCAAACCCAGAUCCUUCUGCCAGGCAGAAGCACGGGUUCAAACAUGGAGUUUACUGGAAAAGGAAAAACCUCUGAAGGAAAAGGCCUGUCUGGCUACCCGCUUGCCAAGAUGUUUUCCCUGGCCAGUCCCUCUAUGCUCCUUCCCUCCAAGCCAUUGCCUCCCAUCCAGAAGAGCUCUCCUUCUACCAAGCCAAGCCUGAUAUGCAGCAGAGAGCAGGAGAAUGGGAAAGAUGGCAUUGGCUAUGCUGAGGGCAGGAGAAAAGAAGAGGAGCUGAGUUCAGAGGGACAAGGACAUAAGGCUUCCUUGCUGUGUUCCAGUGGAGGGGAUAUGAAGAAGGGGUCAUUGGGACCACCUCUGAUCCCCCCCAUAGGCAAGGCAGUAAGUCCCUCUCUUGGCAGUGCUGCGGGCUCUCUGCAAAGCUCUCUGCAGCUGGAAUUCCAGGAGUCCCAGGGGAUGAGGUCAGGAUGCAGCAGCAGAAGCAAGGAGAACUCUGAACAUGCAGGCGUGACUAGGUUCAUUUUCUCCAAGUCUUUCCGGCCAUGUCCCUCUUCGCUCCUUCCCUCAAAGCCAUUGCCUCCCAUCAGGAUCAGCUCUCCUUCUUCUAACAAUAAUAAAAUGUACAGCAUGGAGAAAGAGAACAAGCAAAGUGGCACUGGCUAUGAUAAUGACAGUAGAAAACACCAGGAGCAGAGUUCAGAAGAAAAAUGUUAUAAGGCUUCCUUGCUGUAUUCCAGUGGAGGGGAUAUGAAGAAGGGGUCAUUGGGACCACCUCUGAUCCCCCCCAUAGGCAAGGCAGUAAGUCCCUCUCUUGGCAGUGCUGUGGGCUCUCUGCAAAGCUCUCCGCAGCUGGAAUUCCAGGAGUCCCAGGAGAUGAGGCCAAGAUCCAGCAGCAGAAGCAAGGAGGAGAACUCUGAACAUGCAGGUCUCUCACUGAGCCAGGCCAAGGAGAUGGAUCAUCACACCGAUCCUGGUCUUACGCGUGACACAGACCUGAGGGAAGGUUUUGGAAAGAUCCGUGCUGCAUUGUGCAUGUUGGCUCAAAAGAACUUAGAGCGGAAGGAUGCAGAGCUUUUGGAGAGAGACAUGAAGAAAAGGAGGCAAAGGAAAACAUCCUUGCAGCCCAUUCUGGAGACAGUUGAGCCCAGGGAUGAAGCUGAAGCAAGCUUUAGCCUCCCACCUGUUGAUGGCACAGCUUCUAGAGUGCAGAGAAAACAGCCUGGUAGUGCCUUGAAGAAGAAGGUCUUGAAGAAGCAGGACAAUGUGUCCUUACUGCCCAAUAGGCCCAUCAUCCAUGGGGAUGGCAGCUUCCCACGCAGCUCCUCAGUGACCUCGCAGACGGCCACUGGUGCCCAGCGCCGAGAGGAGCCGCUCCGUGGGCAUGGGCAGAAGGACAGAGCCUCUCCAGACCCACAGCACUCCUUGCUGGAGGCACUCUCCUUGCUCGGCAGCGAUGACUGGGAGAUGAAGGAGAAGGGACUCUACAACAUCAAACACCUGGCUGGGUCCCAUUCAGAGGUCCUGCUGUGUAGACUUCAUGACGUUUGCUUGGCAGUUACCAACGAGGUGGCCAACCUCCGUUCCAAGGUGUCCUACUCUGCAAUUGUCACUCUGGGAGAGCUCUUUGUGACCUUGAAGAAGAACAUGGACUCUGAGGUGGAUGAGGUUGCUCGGGUCCUUCUGCAGAUGGUGUCCAACUCCCCAGAAUUUGUUCAGAAAGCAGCCAGUCAGACCCUGGGGAUCAUGGUGGAGAAUGUGACUCCUGCACGAGCAAUGACUGCUCUCAUGGACAUGGGAGUCAAGUAGGUUGUUCUUCUUUUAGUGAUAUUCUUCACCUUCUAGUGUGUGGGAGGGAGAAGGGAUGAGACAGAGAAUGGGAAUGGUGGGAGGGAAGGGUCCUGUAUGCUGCAUCUUCUGUGAACUCAGUGACUUCAUUCUCCAAUCAACAUAAUUUCUCUCUUCUUGUCACCUGUUUCUGCCCUCCUGCAGCCUAUCAGUUCUCAGAAUCCCAGAACUUUAGAAUAUGGGGAGUUGGAAGGGGCUCAUCAGGACCAUUGAGUCCAGCUCCUGGCCUUGCACAGAACAGCCCAAGGGUCACACCAAGUGCCUGAGAUUGUUGUCCAAAUGUUUCUUCAACUCUGUCAGGCUUGGUGCUGUGACCACUGCCCUGGGGAGCCUGUUCCAGUGCCCAACCACCCUCUGGGUGAAAAACCUUUUUCCUGAUACCCAAAUGAAAGCUCCUCUGACUCAGCUUCCUGCUGCUUCCUGGAGUUCUCCCAGGCUGUCAGAUUUUCCUAGCUGUGGUGACUGGUGGGGAAGUGAAAGUGCCUGCAAAGCCUGAGGAUAGAGCCUUGUCCUUUUGUGGCAAGAGGGACAAUUGCAAUUGCAGCUGUGAGUGGUGUUUGGUAUUUCACAGCACUAACCACAGGGGCCCUGGGAAAACCAUGUCUCCUCAUGAUGCCAUUAGCUUGAGAAAGGAGGAGGGUACUUGCUGGGGCGUGGAGCACAUGGGGGACAAUCUGCUGGGUGUGGCACAGCCUGCACAGCAGGUGCAGCUCCUGCCAAAAGGAGUUUUGUAUGACUGUCCUGGCCAUAGAACUCUACUUUCUAUUCAAACUCAUGUUUCAUGUUAGCCUUGGGAUGAUGAAUCACUUUAAAGGCACCUUCACAGCCUGACUGCCAUGGAACAGUUGAAGCACAUGCUGCCUUAAAUGUUGGUGCUGGGCCUGAUAGUUCCCAAGAGACACUCUCUAGAACAGGACAGCCUGGUUAAACUGCCUGUCCCUCCUUUCCUCAGCUUUGGAAUAGGGUAAAACAUUCAGAUGUAUCCGUUGCCAAGCCUCUCAGAAGAAACAGGCUGCAUUGCUGGAUAUUCUGCAACUUCAUGGCCCACAACAUGUUUUCCCUGCAUUUGUUUCUUCCCAGAGGUCUGCAGAUUUGGGGAUCAUGGGUGGAAAGAGCCUCAAUCCUGCUGCAGCUCUGUGUACUGGCUGCCCUCUGAUGGGUCAGCAUGAGUUGUCUUUAAUUUCUAAAUCAUUCAUAUGUAAUCUAUUUCCUUAAUCUUUCUCAGAGUAAAUACUGUGAAAGGAGCUGGGUAUCAGAGAGUGCAGGGAGACUGAAUUCCUCCCUCUGCCUUGCAGGCAGUCCUUCUGUACAAUGCUAGCUUUGUGUUUACCUGAGUUCAGAACCUUCUAGCGGUGUCUAAAGUUGCAGGGAGAAGCCAGGCCUCCUUCCCCCAGC